AUGAUCGUACUCCUUCUAUCUGUGUUUUUUCUUCUGAGAACACUAAAGACACUGAAUGCACCGAUUAAUCCGAAAGGAUGUCGCCGCCUGGGACUUCCACCAGGGCAGAGCAACCUGGACGAUGAAUUCGACUCAAAGUACAGCCAUGGUCUACCCAGCCAUCAAGAUAAUCACGGUCGCCCAUCCUGGCGUGUGAAAGCACUGUUCAGUUACCCACUCAAAUCCUGUGGUGCGGUCGAGCUGCAAGUCUCGAAUGUCGUACCAACCGGACUUGAAUUCGAUCGACAAUUCGUCUUUGCGGAGUAUAACAAUGAUGAGUGGAACAUUCGCACCUUACGCAAUGCCGGCUUCAAUCGCCUAGCUUUGAUCCAUCCCGAGAUCUGGGUUCCUGACCCGUCUACCCCAAAUUAUGACGCAGACCUACCAGAAGUCAAGUCGCAGGGCGUGAUGCUGAUAUCGUAUCCACGAAUGCCGCCAGCAGGAUGGAAGGGCUUACCCAUUAAGGUCGGCAUGACACUGAAGUUACUCCAAAGCCAGCAGACAUUCCAAGUCCCCCUGCUUCCAUCUGCAGACUCCAAGUUCCCACUGGUCCCAGUCAAGAUCUGGAAAGACAAGCCUCUAGCUUAUGACUACGGCAGACUGCUCCCAAAGUCAUUACACGCAUAUCUAGGGUCCGACCCAUCAAAAAAUACCCUGACUCUCUUCCGCGCCAGCGCACCUCAUUCGCGGCAGAUCUUCCGCAACGCACCGCGCGAAGCAGACAUUGGCUUCCAACCAAACACAGCCUUCGCAGAUGCGUAUCCAAUCCACCUACUCAAUAUCUCCAGUCACCGGGACGUAGCAGCACGCUGCGCCUACGCCAUUCCACGACUGAGCAUCCGGCGCUUCCGCGCGAACAUCAUUAUUCAAGGCCCGUCUGCUUUUGAGGAAGAUCACUGGAAGCGACUUGCUAUUGGCGGCACGGAGAUCCACGCUUCUUGUCGGACUGUUCGGUGCCGACUACCCAAUGUUGAUCCUCUUUCUGGGGAUAGACAUAAGGCUGAGCCGGAUCGGACGCUGAAAUCAUACCGGCGGAUUGAUGAUGGAGAUCGGACUAAUGCAUGUUUGGGGAUGCAGCUUGUUCCUGCGAAGGAGGAGUUUGUGGUUAGGGUUGGGGAUUCUGUGGAGGUGCUUGAGACUGGGGUACACCAGUAUAUUAAAAUGCUGGCUCCUAGGGAGAAGGUUGAGGGGGUAUAG